AAUUGGGCCCCCAGUGGAGCCGAGCCCCACCGCCUCGUCUUCCGCAGCUCCGGCUCGGAGCGAGGUUCGCCCGCUGGUAGUGCCCUCCGGGUGCCGGGCGCCAAGGGGCCGAGCGCACCGAGUCAGGGGCGGGCCCGGCGCAGGGUAUAAAAGCUGCCCGCGCGGGAGCCCAAGCCAGCUCCGGGGUUGUCCUGGGACGUGUCCUGGCUCCCGAGUCUCACGACCAGGCGACGGCGACAUCUCUCUUGACGAAAAGACUCGGCGUACAGUGCUCCGACCAAAGCAUCAUGCCCAACUUCUCCGGCAGCUGGAAGAUCAUCCGAUCGGAAAACUUCGAGGAUUUGCUCAAAGUGCUGGGGGUGAACGUGAUGCUGAGGAAGAUCGCCGUGGCGGCGGCAUCCAAGCCGGCGGUGGAGAUCAAGCAGGAGGGAGACACUUUCUACAUCAAAACCUCCACCACGGUGCGCACCACGGAGAUCAACUUCAAGAUCGGAGAGGAGUUCGAGGAGCAGACGGUGGACGGGAGACCCUGCAAGAGCCUGGUGAAAUGGGAGAGUGAGAACAAAAUGGUCUGCGAGCAGAGGCUUCUGAAGGGAGAGGGUCCCAAGACCUCGUGGACCAGGGAGCUGACCAACGACGGGGAGCUGGUCCUGACCAUGACGGCGGAUGAUAUCGUGUGCACCAGGGUCUAUGUCCGAGAGUGAGCGGCCGACGGUCCAAGGGCUUCCAGAGCCGCCCCCCAGCCCCUGCUCCCUGCCCCACUGCCCUUCCCCCUUCCUUCUAGGCUAGCUCUCCCCUCACCCCGCUCACUCCCAGGGAUGCUGGGAUGCCUCCAGCGGGGCUCUGCUUUUUGGGGCCUCCCCUUCCUCCGCUCCCCCAACAAAGAGGGAUGGAUGGUAAGAACCCUGAUCACCCGGUCCAGAAUCACUCCCCUUCCCCAGCCAGCCGUCCCAGCCCCAAACCAGCCCAGAGCACAGCCCCUCUCUCUGUGAGGGGACCUGAGGGCCCCAGUGGGAAAGACGGCCCUCUGGUUUCCACUCUUUGUCCUGGUAGCCUACACAGUGUAGAAUAUUUAUUGGUUAAUUUUAUUAAAAUGUUUUGAAAAAUA